CUGUUUUCCAAAUUUGACAAAUUUCAAUCAACUGGUCCCAAUGAGUGUCUUGCAUUGUCUGGAACUACCGGCAAAGCAUAAUGCAGUACAUUCUCAACUGAAGUCCAAAGGCAUUCAAUUAACUUUGGAAAAGCAUUAGCAAAUCCUGCAAUGAAGGAUUAUCUUCUUCAACACUGAUCCCAUAAAUUGAAUUUGAAUCACAUACGUCAAUGGGUGAAGUAGUGCUAAUCAGACAAUGAAAAUAAGAUUGACAUCAGAAGACACUAAGGAUAUAUCAUCAUUCAACACAAUGAACUAUCAAGUGGAAUUCCGAAAGUGAUCAUUCUCAUAUUUCUCACCUACAAGAAUCACACAUUCUGGGAACUCUUUGAACAUUGGUAACAUUUGCAGCUUAUCUGGAAAUGUCAAACCAUUUAACUGGAGAUGCUUCAUUCAGCUCCAGACAGGAGCUGCUGAAUUUAAAUGAACCCUGCUCAAGUAUUAAUAACUUAGACACUCAGACGUCUUCAGAAGCCAACAAUAAAAUACAGUGCAAUGGGACAAGGUUAGAUGAAAGCUCUCGCCAGUUCACAAUAAUUCCAAGCAAAACUGAAGAUAUGUGUGGCUGGGGCUUCCUGAAGCCCAAAUGUUUGCAAAUGUUCAAUACACCGAAAGGAGUGCUCUUCUUCCUCUGCAGUGCUUCUUUUCUCCAAGGAAUGAUCGUGAAUGGAUUUAUUAAUACAGUGAUUACCUCAAUUGAACGGAGAUUUGACCUACGCAGCUAUCACAGUGGAAUGAUUGCCAGUUCCUAUGACAUUGCAGCAUGUGUCUGCUUGAUUUUUGUCAGUUACUUUGGCGGCAGCGGUCACAAGCCACGUUGGCUUGGCUGGGGGGUUCUAAUCAUGGCUUUGGGGUCAAUAGUGUUUGCCAUGCCGCACUUUCUGUCUGGUCAUUAUGUAGUCACUAUAUCUGAGAGUACUGGAUUGUGCCAGUUGAAUCAGUCUACAUUGUGUGACAAAGGUUCAUCCAGUUAUUCCAACUACCGAUUUCUCUUUAUGCUUGGACAGUUCCUCCAUGGCAUUGGAGCAACUCCACUCUACACCUUGGGCGUGACCUACUUAGAUGAAAAUGUCAAGUCAAAUUAUGCUCCUGUUUACAUUGGUAUUUUCUACACAGCAGCAAUUAUUGGACCAGCUGCUGGUUACUUACUUGGAGGCAAUUUCCUGAAAAUCUAUACCGAACUCAACACUAAGGUUAACCUUACCUCUGAAAACCCCUUAUGGGUUGGAGCAUGGUGGAUUGGAUUCCUUGGAGCUGGAGCAGCUGCAUUCCUCAUAUCUGUCCCAAUCCUUGGUUAUCCUCGACAGCUUCCAGGGUCGCAGCGUUAUGUGACAAUGAGAGUCUCUGAAGCUCAUCAGUUGAAGGAUGGAAGCAACCAAUCAGCACUGGAACCAGACUUUGGGAAGACAUUAAAGGACUUGCCGAGGUCAGCAUUGCUAUUGCUGAGGAAUCCAACCUUCAUCUUUCUCUGUCUGUCAGGAGCAACAGAGGCCACUCUAAUAGCUGGCAUGUCUACAUUCGGUCCCAAGUUCCUUGAAUCCCAGUUUAGUCUGAGUGCCUCACAAGCUGCAACCCUAUUUGGCUACCUUGUAGUCCCAGCAGGUGGAGGUGGUACUUUCCUUGGCGGAUUUAUUGUGAAUAAAUUAAAACUCCGUUGUGCUGGGAUCAUCAAGUUUUGUCUGCUUUGCACGUUCUUUGGUUUGCUAGCUAUUUUCAUAGUCUGCAUUCACUGCCCGAACGUGCCUGUGGCUGGAAUCACUUCUACUUUCAACGGCAGUUUUUAUAAUGGUCCAGUUAAUGUGACUGCAGCUUGCAAUACUGAGUGUAACUGUUCAAUGGAAGUAUAUCACCCAGUUUGUGGAGAAAAUGGUUUAAUGUACUACUCCCCAUGCCAUGCUGGAUGUACAGAACUGAAUACAACAUUGUUGGACAAUGGCAGAAAGGUUUACCACAAUUGUCUCUGUGUUAUGGAGAACCUUCAAUCUGGGCAGGGUACUGCACAAUCUGGAAAGUGUAAUUCCUCGUGUUCCCACAUGCCUCUCUUCCUGGUGCUAUUUUUCGUUGUGAUUUUGUUCACAUUUCUGGGUAGUAUUCCUGCACUCACCGCAACUCUGAGGUGUGUCCCUGAUAGUCAACGAUCAUUUGCACUUGGUAUUCAAUGGAUCUUGGUCCGUACUUUAGGUGGAAUUCCCGGCCCAAUUGCCUUUGGCUCAGUUAUCGACAUUUCUUGCUUGUUAUGGCAGGAUCAGUGUGGUGAUAGGGGUUCGUGUUAUAUCUACCAAAAUUCAGCCAUGAGCAUGUACCUCCUGAUUGCGGGAGUAACUUACAAGGUACUGGGAACACUGUUCUUUCUGAUAGCCUUAUGUCUUUACAAGCCACCAAAUUCUGCACUGAGUAGUUCAAACGUGGACAAUGGAGAGCCAGAUCUGCCAGCGAAAGAUAUGCCGCAAAUGACAGUAAACAGAGUAAUUACUUUGUAGGAAGUACAUUCCACUCAAACCACAUUCAUAUCUUCCAUGAAAAUGGAUACUUGUCACCUUGCACCAUCGCACAUCACCUGUCACUCAUCUAGUUAUAAAACAGAAUUAUAAAACAGCCUUUGAAAUAUUCAGUUCAUCCAGUUCCCUUCAUGGGUCGGUGGUGUUGAGACUGUGAAAACCUGUUAAGUUACAGGCUUGCAAUGAAUCAUACACCUGCAGAAGGUUUAAAUCUGGAAUCAAAACCGACUACCAAGCAUCAAUAAAGUACAUAGAUCAGCCACAGAGCAUUCUAUGUCUACACAAGAAUUCAACAUUACUUUAGCCAAUGGAAUGGACUGCUUUUAAUUUAGGCCUCUAAGCAAGCCCCAAGAAGGUGAAAGUUGGGACAAAUUUCCACAUCAUAUGAACUUCUGAAUUCAGAAAAGAGCUACUCAAGCCGUCACUAACUAUUAUUGCUAUAGUUACGAUAUUUUGCUUUGUCUUUGUCAGAUUUUUAGAAAACAGUUUAUUAUUCUAUUUAUUCCCAGAUACUUGUUCCUGGGAUAACUUUUUUUUUAGAUAAAGGCUGUGAUUUUGUUUCUGAGUCAGGUGCGCAGAAGCAGGAGAGCUCUUGGUUCUGUGAACUUGACCUUUAAAAAUGACAUGCACACUCCAGAUUAUUGGUCCAAGAGAGCAAGCUUGAUUUGAAAGCCAGGUCGGGAAAGCUUCCUGAGUCUGCCAAUUUCUUAGAGGUUGCUGUUUACCCAUGGGCUCCAGCAGCAAAUAUUGAAAUAAUAUAAACCCUCCAGCCUUCUCAUGCUCUCGCUCUCUCGUUUUCUCUCUCACAAUCUCACUCUCUCUCUCACACACACACACACACACCUCCAUGCCAUCCCAAGCCACUUAAUGCCCAAAGUUUGAUUUCAGGUGUGAAAAGCUAUGGGGGAUGAAUAGAAGCCAUUAGGUGGCAUGGAUAAAGGUGAGUGUAUGAGAUUUGGCAGGGUGAAGACUUAAGGCUUGGAGAAUAUUUUAUGUUUCUCCCCUUUCAGAGAAGUAAGGUACCUUUUAGAUCUCAUUAUCCAUGUUUGGUUAUGCUUUUGCAAAACUAAGGCAAAAGUUCUCAACCUUUUCAGUAUCAAGGCACACUUCCAUGCAAAAAACAAUUCUACAGCAUACCUACCUUCUAUUUAUCACGUGUAAGGUAUCAAAACGUUAUCCUACUGCAGCUCUGUGCUGUUUGACCAUGUGCUGUCUAUAGGGGGCGCAUGGUGUCAACAGAUACUGCUUUCAGUAAUGGAUACCAGCUUCGAGAGAAGAUCAGAAGCAACACAUGGGCUGAUACACUGCAGUGAAGUGGCUCUGCUUCCCAAAGUUUUCCGAUACAAUUCUCACCUUGUUGCGGUGCAGUGGUUGAAAAUCACUACACUAAAAUAGUCUUUUAGGAAAUUAAAAGAACCCAUUGAUGGAAGUGAGACAUGCUGUGGAAUUGUGAAAAGGCAUGAUUUAUGUAAAAAGUGUACAAACUCAUUCAGACUUGCAAGUUGUUGAAAAACUGUCCAACAAAAUUGUGGAGUUUAAAAAUAAUGGUGCUCACUAGUUCAGAGUGCAUGUUUACAUGAAACCAUAAUGGGAUUUGUGUUGCAUGAUGGAUUUCUCAAACUUUUAUUUCCAUAUUGAGGUGCCUAUAGAUGGACAGCUCCAAAUACUGACUGGAUGGAAAUAGUUGUUGACAUAAGGGAUUAAGCACUUGAGUGAAUGUAUGUUUACAUAAGACAUUGACCAUUCAAAUGAAAUGUUUGUUUUUGUACAAGAUUAUUUGAAGCAAUUUCAAUGUAAAUUUUUGGUAUUAAUGGGAGUGUGUUUUAUUUUGAUAGUGAGAUUAUAAUUUAGACUGAUUACUUUAUUUCUUAAAGAAUACUUCCUGAGUUAUGCAUAUGUUGAAAAAUGGCUAAGUUGACGUGGAAAGGACAUGGUAAAGGGUGGUGGGACUGUGUCAGCAUAUGGCCUAUAAAGGGCUGUAAAGGGCUUUGGGGCUGUAUGGAGGCAUAUGGAACAUGAGUGGUUGCAGGAAAUAAGUAUAUUGGCAUCUGGGUAUCAAGGAGCCAUGGAGAAUAUGUCAACAGUUGGCAAAGAUUACAAGAGAGGCCAUGAUCGUUGGAUAGAUGAGAAUAGGGUGCCAUAGGGGAUAUAAGGGAGCAUGACGGCAGACACCCAUCCUUGAACAGAAAUAGUGGCCUUUGGAUUCUACAAUAAGGGAAGCCAAAACCCGACUUCAGUGGAGGCAACAGGUAGUUUCAAUGGCAGUUGCUGCAAUAGAACAUACAUGAGUCCCUGGCAUAGUGGUAAUAUUGCUAGCCUCGUAAUCUAGAAGACCAAGUUAAUACACUUAGGAUGUAGCUUUUAAUCCCAUAAAGGGAAUUGGUGAAAAUUUAAUUAAAACAUGUAUUCACAAGACCCUACAUAAUUUGGAGGGGGAUAUAACUUAUGAUUUUAAGUUAUUUUAGCCAUGGCAGAGAGGGUCUCUGUCAUGGUUAAAAUUUGGGCCAAAGUCUCAACUAGAUGCUGAACUUGAGUCUCAAACAUGUUGUGACAUAUAUAUGUAUAUUUGAUAUAUUUAAUAGCUUAUUAUGCUUCAUGUUCAGCCGGAAAUAAAUAGAUUUUUCAAUCUAGAUUAUGGAAUCAAAAUUGAAACAUCUUUUUUAAAAAUUUCUACUUAAUCGCUCCUUAUAUCUAACUCCAUUCAUGGUGUAGCUUAAUCCUGAGGACUUCAGUGAAUCUACUAACCAUGCUUGAAGCCUUUUAGAGGAUAGAAUGACCCCUCUAGUUUUCCCAGGUUACUUUUUUUUUGCACUAUGUCACUGUAGAGGCAGAAAUGAAGAAGAUGGUCACUGAACCAUGAAUUUUAAAAAAAAAUGUAGAUGCUCAAGAAUUAGAAACUCUGCUGGAUGAAUUACUUAUUUAUAGGUAUUUGACAGUGCUGCAAGCUGCUAGAAUGCCCUUUUAUAUUUAUAAAAAAACACCGAUCAAACAUCUGAAAGCAAAUUCUAAAACAAUACUUGCAGAAAAAUGAGGUGGGGAGCCUGUGUAGUUUUUUAAGGUACAAUUGUCGAUAUAUCUUCACAGAGUAUUUGAUGGCCAGCGCUUCUGAAGGUGGUGAGAAGAUGGGUCAGGGGAGUUGACAGUAGCAAAUAUUUUGCACCACCUGUAUAAGUAAUUAACAGAUUGAUAUAUUGGAAUGAUACCUGGCAGCGGGGUGAAGAAUACCCAGUUUCACAUGAGACAGUAGAGUUUUGUAAAACUGUCAUUGCUGUCUGAAUGAUAUUGAUUAUUUGCACUCGGAUCUACUGGACAGGGACAUAUUACAGGAAAGAAAGAGUUCGCAUUGUGUUUUUGCUUGCAAGUAAAAUGAAGUAUUCAAUCUCAAUGCACUAUUUAUUGUUAUUUGUCAUUAUAUGUGGCAAAAAAUCACCUUUAUCAUAUAUUUAUCAUCUUGAACUGAUGCCAAGAUAAAAAAAAACUUCAUUUGAAAAGCAGAGCUAUUUAAAAUAAAUGUGAUAUCCCUGCUAUAAUAACAGGUGAUGUUUAUGUUUGCACAGCUGUAUCCAAUGGCAUAACUUCAGUGUUAAUGCACUUACACAGAGGAAAUGAAAUUUGGGUAAUUUUGGCUCAAGGUAUGAUUUACCAUUUAUAACAUAAUCAAAUCAGUUUGUAACUGUGAUCAAAGUUACCUAAAUUUAUUAUUUUCUGUAUAUAACAAUAAAUAAGCUUUAUGUUACUAUAGUUUUAUGUAAUUUUUGGCUUGUUCUUCAUUUAAAAGGCACCAUUCUAUGAAUGCAGUGGUUCAGAUUUACUUUAUCAUUGCACAAUUAAUGGUGAUGUCACUUUUAAUGUCACAAUGUUCAAUAUUCAAUAAUACAUUGAAUUUUCAAAACAAAAUCUGAAUUAAGAUCAAUAUGCUGUUCCACUUUCUUGACUUAUUAUAGAUGCUACAUUGCAUUCAAAACCUCUGAAGCUAUGUCUUGGCAGUGUAAUUAUCUCUUAAUUGAUUCAUGCAAACCAUUCAGAUACUUAGCUGGUAGAUCUUAAAAAGCAAUUUUAGCAAAUUCUCUCGGCUAUCUUCAGAUUUGUCCUUUCAGAACUGUUCUGUCACUGGACUCAAAAUAUUUACUCUGUUUUCUGUGAACAGAUGCUGCAAGAUCUGCUGUGUGUCCCCAGCACACUGACUUCUUGUUUCAGAUUUCCAGCGCCCACAGUUCUUUAUGUUUAUUUUAGUAUAAUUAUCGAAUCUGGUUUCCACUUUCUAACCCUAUUGGUAAGUAACUUGAGGUCCUGUGGAGGAGCCAUGUCUUGUCAUUUGAAAUUAUGAAUUAAUUAAUCUGUACUCUUAAUUCGAUUCAAAGGUUUGUCUAGUAUUUAAUAAAUUCCCCACUUUGCUCAAUUCAGAUUGUUGAACAUUUCAAAAGUAACUUGAAAUUGGUAUGCAUAAAUUAUGAAGUUUGAUGUCAAUUUGUGUUUAAAAUGCUUAGGGAUCCUCGAUCUCUGGAUAUUUCACAAACUGCAGUAGAAUUCCUCAAUUUAUUUUUUUUUUAAAUCAUGGGUUCCCUAAUGUAGAAACACUUAACAAUUAAAUCCAAGAACUUGGAUGUACACGUUCUAGUCCAAUUCAAAGGCUGAAAGAAUAAAUUAAGCACUGUCAGCUGCAACUUUUGUCUUUAUUAUUCAUUCAGGGAAUUUGGGUGUUGCUGGUUUAAAUUUUCUUUCCUAAUUGCACUUGAGAAGGUGGUAAUGAGCUGCCUGCUUGAUCUGCUGCAGUCUAUUUUGGUGUAAAUAGUGCUGUCACGAUUUUGAUCCAGCAAUGCUGAGGGAACAGCAAUAUACUUCCAAAUCAGCAUGGAGAGAAACUUGAAAGUGGUGAUGUUUCCAUGUUUCUGCUGCCCUUGUCCUUCUAGAUGUUAGUGUUUGUGGGUUUGAAAGGUGCAUUCUGAGGAACCUUGGUAAAUGUCUGUAGUACAUCUAGUAGAUGGUGUACAGUGCUGCUGCUGAGCAUUGUCGGAGGGAGUAAAUGUUUGCAGUUGUCAUUGUGAUGCUAAUCAACUUGGCUGCUUUAUCCUGGAUGUUGUCAAGCUUCUUAUGUGCCCUCAUCCAGGCAAGUGGGAACUAUUCCAUCACAUU